AUAUUCUCAUCAACAAUGCUGUCUGACGAAGAAGAGGAAAUAGUCCCCGCCGCAGCUGCAGGAGGGAGUCGCCCAAUCAGCGCCCUGAAGCACCCGAAGACGUCGGUGAUGGUGGAGGAGGCCUUGACGGCUUUGGACCGGCGCGGUGGAUCCUCACUCUACGCCAUCAAGGGGUUCAUCCUGGAGAGGUACACCCUGGACAUGCAGCGCUUCGCCAGCCGCAUCUGCAAGUUCCUGCGGGAGGAGGUGCAGGCCGGCAGGAUCAUCCAGACCAAAGGGACGGGCGCCAACGGAUCCUUCAAGUUGGCCAGGAAGAAGAAAGCAGCAGUCGUCAAGAAGGUCAACAAGCCCGACGAGAAGACCAAAACCAAGAAGGUAAGGCCACAGGACGCAUCUGGGGAGGCCGUGGUGCAGCUUGCGAAGAUCAGGACGUUGAAGACACUGGCGAGGAAGAGGGUGCCGCGCGUGUCCAUCGCCAGCCUCAAGGCGAAGAGCAAGCUUCCCAAGCCUACCAAGAGGAGAAAGUAGUCGUAUAUAGUUUCUU